GGAGGGACAGAGGCGGGGCCGGUUCCCAGUCCCCGCUGGCGGACUAGCGUAGCGCAGGCUGAGCGUAAAACCUGGGACAGCCACCCCCCUUUCCUUAUCCCCGCCCCCCUGCCAUUGGCUCCCGGGAGAGGUUGACAUCAAAGCUGCGGUCUUAUAUAAGCCAGAUCCUGCAGGGGAGUCCGCAGAAGGGUUAAACAGGUCUUUGGGCAUUGGAGUCCUCGCCCACGACAGAAACCGGCAAGAAGACUGUGGGCUGCGCGUCUCAUCUUCAGCCUUGUCCCUACUCUCCCAAGGCCGGCGCUCAGUAGCGGGCGGCUCCAGAGCCCACAGGUAGCCCCCCGGCAGUCUCUGGGGCGCAUGGAGCGGUGUUAAAAGGGCUGGCGGCGCAGGCCAGGAGCCGCUCCAACAUGAACCUCGUGGGCAGCUACGCACACCAUCACCACCAUCACCACCCGCACCCUGUGCACCCUAUGCUCCACGAGCCCUUCCUCUUCGGUCCGGCCUCGCGCUGUCACCAGGAACGGCCCUACUUCCAGAGCUGGCUGCUGAGCCCGGCUGACGCUGCCCCGGACUUCCCUGCCGGCGGGCCACCGCCCGCGGCCGCCGCCGCCGCCGCCGCCGCCGCCUCCUUUGGUCCUGACGCCAGGCCUGGCCAGAGCCCCGGGCGGCUGGAGGCGCUUGGCGGCCGCCUGGGCCGGCGGAAAGGCUCAGGACCCAAGAAGGAGCGGAGACGCACGGAGAGCAUUAACAGCGCAUUCGCUGAGCUGCGCGAGUGCAUCCCCAACGUGCCUGCCGACACCAAGCUGUCCAAGAUCAAGACUCUGCGCCUGGCCACCAGCUACAUCGCCUACCUGAUGGAUGUGCUGGCCAAGGAUGCACAGUCUGGCGAUCCCGAGGCCUUCAAGGCUGAACUCAAGAAGGCGGAUGGCGGCCGUGAGAGCAAGCGGAAAAGGGAGCUGCAGCACGAAGGCUUUCCUCCUGCCCUGGGCCCAGGCGAGAAGAGGAUUAAAGGACGCACCGGCUGGCCGCAGCAAGUCUGGGCGCUGGAGUUAAACCAGUGAGGCGAGGCCCGCGCUGAGGACCUGGCCAGGCUAGCCACCCCUGGAGCCCCGGGAGGAGAGGAAGGCAGCGGCGAGCGCCGGGCUCUGGGCUCCGGCGGCUGGUGCCAUGCAUCCCGCGGAGCCUCUGCUGAGCGCCGGCAGGUCGUCGGCUGCAACCACACACUUGGAUCGCACGUGCAAUGUCCUUUGAAAUUUUUUAAAUACAUUAAGAGAAAGAGAAAUUUAUAUAUAUCCACCCCGCGGAGGGCGGCUCCUGGCGACACCUUGCCAGAAGGAGGGACUGCCGAACCCAAGAGCUCAAAAACGCAUUCUUCCACCCUUCUGGGGCGAAUUUAGAACCCCAUCCCCAUCCCCAUUUCCUUAUCGGGCUCUUUCUCUGUUGUCCCUCCGAACGAUCUGCCCGGACGCCCCCUCCUCUAAUUAAAAUGCAAUAAGGAAUCAAUUCUUUUCUGCCUGGGAAAGAGAACCAGACGUUGGAAGAUGAAGGGCUGCCUUUUGUUCUUCUUUGAAUAGUGGUGGUUUUAUUUUUCUUUUUGUCGCUGCACUUCCUGUUUAGUUCCAAUGGAAACACUUUCUCUCUUUUCUUCCUUCUUUUCCUUCCUUUUUGUUUCUAUCUAAAUAAAAGCUUUCUCUGUGUUGGAAAGUUUUUAUGUAUUUAAACUACCUACCAUGCCUGUUGUGCUCAGGUGUUUGUUCAUCCUGCGAUCCCCAACCCUUUUCUACCUCAAGUCUGUGUGACCACUCACAGCCCCCCUCCCUUUGCCAAAGCAGUAUCCAUGCUCUUGACUAAUAAAACAUUUUCUGAAAUCA